AUGGAGAAGUUGAAAGACGAUGAAAUUGAGUUGUUCUUGGACUUUGAAAUACCAAGUGACUCAGAAGUCAGCUUUUGUGAUAGUGAAGACGAUGAUAGGGAUAUGGACAAUAAUAUAAGGUUUGAAAAUAAUAAUCCUUCUAAUGAGCCUGAUGGCUUUAAAAAAAAUACAAAACAGACAAAAUGGUUUCCUGGUAGGGAUAAUAAUCAUACAAACUCCAUACCUACUUUUACUGGCAAUAAAUUAAUUAAUAUAAAUGUAAAAGAAACUACUCCUUAUUCUGUUUUUAUACAAUUAUUCACUGAAUCUCUUUUUGAAAAAAUAAGAACUGAAACAAUAAAAUAUGCUGUUCAAAAUGGAAAAGAAAAUUUCAACUUAUCUAUAAAAGAAUUGAAAGUGUUGUUUGCAAUCAACAUAGCAAUGACAUAUAUAAAAUACCCAAAUGUAAGAAUGUAUUGGUCUUCUCAAGAGGGGUUGAGAAUGAACCUUAUUGCUGAUGCUAUGACUUGUAACCGGUUUGCCGAAAUUAAAAGGUUUAUUCAUUUUGUAGACAAUUAUGAAAAACCUCAAGUAGUAACUGAUAAAUUUUGGAAAAUUAGACCUGUUUUAGACAUUUUACACAAUUCUUUUCAUUCAGCUAUAUCAACUAGUCAAAAUAUAGCCAUUGAUGAAAUGAUGGUUCCUUUUAAGGGUAGGAGUUCAUUAAAACAAUACUUAAAAUCAAAGCCUAAAAAAUGGGGAUUUAAAAUUUGGGUUCAAGCCGGAACCAAUGGAUAUGUACAUUGUUUUGAGCUAUAUCAAGGUGCCUCGAAAGACAAAAAAUCACUUUUUGGUCCAAUAGGUGAUACAGUUUUGAAAUUGUGUCAUUCAAUACAUGGUGAAAACCAUAAACUUUUUAUGGAUAACUUGUUUACUACUGUUCCACUAUUAAGAAAAUUAAAGUCUCUAAACAUACAUGUCCUUGGUACUCUAAGAUUGAAUAGAGUAACUGGAAUUGAAAAUUACCUAGUCAAAGAUAAAUUGUUAGAAAGAGGUAACUGUUCAAUAGCCACAUCUGAUGACAAUCUGACUGUUGUACGAUGGAAAGAUACUAAACUAGUACAUACUAUAUCGACAUAUGCUGGGGCUAGUCCUGAAGAUAUAACUUCACGUUAUGAUAGGAAGGAAAAGAAAAAAAUUGAAGUCACUCGUCCAUUUACUAUACAGGAGUACAAUAAAUUCAUGGGGGGUGUGGACCUCAUGGAUAGAAUGAUUGCUCAUUACCCUCAUGGAUUCAAGAACAAAAAAUGGUACUUGAGGAUUUUUUUUCAUUUUUUGAAUAUUAGUAUAAUUAACUCAUGGAUAAUAUACAAAGAAAAUUGUCAAAAUAUACCACUUCUUCAGUUUAAUGCAUCAAUUGUUUGGACCAUGCUCCAAAUAGGAAAAUGUGAUACACCAAAAAGAGGCAGGCCUUCCUUACAAUCUGAUCCACCAAAAAAAAAAAAAAUGUUUCCAUUGUUGUUUCAGAAAUAA